AUGGAUCAAUUGAUGGUGGAAAACUUGGCAUCUGGCACGGGUGAGGGAGCAGUAGCCCCUCAUCCUCCGCGGCGGCCAAGGGUGAGGGAGGUGAGCUCUAGGUUCAUGUCUCCUGUGGCCAGUGAUCCCUUCCCCACCAGAUCACCUCUUCCCAGACAUCAAAAUCAACAGGGUGUCUCAACUCCAAGCCAGCGGUCACGGAGGCACCUGGACUUGGAGCCCUUCCGCUGCUCCGACGAGAACAGGCCCACCCGCGCCGAGUCUCCUCUCCCACCGGAUCAGCAGGCAAGGAAACAGCGUCCUGUCAAUGCCAAUGCCAAGCCUUUGAAAGAGAACGGAGGAGGCUCAAGACCCGACACGCCCAUGGUGACUGCUAGUCUCGAUAGGACUCCGUCAAGACCCAGACUCAUUCAGCAACGGGUCAGUGCCACUGCAGCUGCUAAGCUCUUGAAAACUACCACCAGCGAGGCCAAUAUCCAGGAAGCCACCUCCAGGUGUCUUUCUGACAUCCGCUCCUCUAUGCCCGAAUCCAAUAUGUUGCCAACUGUUUCCAGUAGACAGACGAGUGAAAAAAGUUGUAACAAUGGCGGUGGUUUUUCAAAAAUUUCUGCUUCUCCUUGUUCCCGUUCUCUCAACUUGCCACUGUCAAGCUCCGAGCACUUACACUUCCAGUCCGUCAAAGGCAGUGAAAAAUUAGCAUCUGCUUUGUCCAAGCCAUGUACAAAUGCAGUGAAUACGGGCGGCCUCUGUCUGCCCCCAGUCCCACCAUGUGCUACUGCGAAGCCAGCUUCAGAAUUUAGGAAAGGAAAGAAGGAAGAUGUUCAUUCCUUGAGAUUGCUUCAUAACCGCUAUUUGCAGUGGAGAUAUGCCAAUGCAACAGCAGAGGCUUCCUUGCGAGCUCAGCAGAGAGAGACUGAGAGAACGCUUUAUUCUCUUGCAUUACAGAUAACAGAACUAUAUGAUUCUGUGAAGAGAAAACGGAUAGAACUUGGCGUUUUGCAAAGAACAAAGAAUUUAUCGACAAUUCUUGAAGCGCAAAUUCCAUAUUUGGAUCAGUGGUUUUCUCUUAAAGAGGACUAUUUAAUUUCUCUGGCAGAAGCAACACAAGCUUUGUUGAACACAUCACUUCGGCUUCCAAUCAGUGCCAAUGUUAAGGCUAAUAAACAAGAGGUAGAAGAGGCACUGAACUCAGCAAUGGAAGUCAUUGAGAAAAUAGUUUUCCAUGUUCAGCAAUCUAUGCCAAAGGCAGAGGAAACAGACCAUUUAAUUUCAGAACUAGCAAGAGUGGCUGGUGGAGAAAGAACUCUCGUUGAAGUAAGUGGAAAUUUGUUGUCCAAGACAUAUACGACACAGGUGGAAGAGUGUAGCUUAAGGGGUCAUAUAAUCCAGUUGAAACAACAUAUCUGA